CCUUUCUGUUCUCUUAUGACUUCUUCUAUUUCGUUCGACCCCGACUCUACCGGCCCGACUAUGGCCUCGACUCCGACGGUUUUGCCUGUUGAAACUCCUCGGCGAACAAUUUCUCCCUACGACCUCAGUCCCAGUGACAAUCCGGGUCUCGUUUUGUCACAGCCUCUCUUACGUGGCCACAACUACGAAGAGUGGUCAAUUAAUAUGCGUCAUGCCUUGAAGUCUCGGAAGAAGUUCGGUUUUGUUGACGGCAAAAUCACUCAUCCGGAUUCCGAUUCGACUGAUUAUGAAGACUGGGAAACGAAUAAUUCGCUUAUUGUUUCCUGGAUUAAAAACACUCUUGAGCCAUCUCUCCGCUCGGAUGUUGUUCACCGUGAAUUCGCUAGAGAUCUGUGGGAUUAUCUCAAGCGCCGAUUCGGAAUGACGAGUGCUCCUCGUCUCCUUCGUCUUCGCAGCGAGCUUGUCAAUUGUCGUCAGAAAGGGAUGUCUGUGGAAUCGUAUUUUGGCAAGCUCACCAAAUUGUGGGAUGAUCUCGCUACGCUUCGUCCUCUCAAAACCUGUCGCUGUGGGUUUUGUACCUGCAAUAUUGCUGCAGACUUCGAGAAGCAGCGACAGGAAGAUAGACUCUAUGAAUUUCUUCUUGGCCUUGACGACGAAAAGUUCGGUGUUGUUCGAUCGAACUUGCUUUCCCGUCAACCUAUACCGACGGUGGAAGAAGCAUAUCUGGUCGUUACCCAAGAUGAAGCUUCCAAAGAUUCGGUGUCUCUCUCAGCAGCUGCGUCUGAUAUCGCGACAUUCUCGGUUGGUGUUGAGUCUAAACCUCGUCCAACUCCAGCGGUAAAGGACAAGACUGUUCUAUGUACCAAUUGUGGCCGGUCCGGUCAUGUCGUUGAAAGCUGCUUUCAGAUUUUGGGGUACCCGGAGUGGUGGGGUGACCGUCCCCGCAGUCGCUCGGGUCGAGGUCGUGGUUCAACAUCGUUUUCUCGCGGACGGGGGACAGUUCCUGCAAACUCUGUUCAGACUGCUUCUUCUGGCACUCUUGCUGUUACACCUCCUGCUUCUGUCAUCUCCGAUGCUUCUUCAUCUACUGGUUUAAAUGGUGACCAAUGGAAAGCCCUGAUAUCCCUUCUCAAUGCCGGUAAAAUCAGUGCUCCAACCACAUCUUCGGGCCCGGGAUUCGAAGAUGGUGAUUGGAGCGGGUGAGUUACGCGAUGGACUCUAUUAUUUUCGGCGGUUUGAGGUUGCAUCGGCUGUUCGUACAGAUAUCGGUGUUUCGUUUGAAGUGUGGCAUAGACGAUUAGGACAUCCCUCGAACGCUGUGCUAGAGCAGAUUUCGGGACUUGGAUUAAAUCGACCUAUUAGUUUCUCAGUUGAUUGUGAUGUUUGUUUUCGUGCAAAGCAGACACGAGAUUCUUUUUCACAAAGUUCUAAUAAAACUUCUGAUAUUUUCCAGCUUAUCCACUGUGAUUUGUGGGGACCGUAUCGAACACCGUCAUUCUGUGGUGCUCGUUAUUUUUUGACGAUUGUAGACGAUUUCUCUCGUGGUGUUUGGUUGUUUCUUAUGCCCGAUAAACGUCACGUUUCUGAUCAGAUUAUUGCUUUUUUAGCAAUGGUUGAUAGACAGUUCGACAAGAAAGUUCGGGUUGUUCGCAGUGACAACGGAACGGAAUUCACAUGUCUCGGUAAUUUUUUCCGUGCACAAGGAAUCAUACACGAAACAUCGUGCGUUCACACCCCUCAACAGAAUGGUCGUGUCGAACGCAAACAUCGACACAUACUCAAUGUUGCUCGUGCUCUUAUGUUCCAAGCUAAUUUUCCGAUCGAGUUCUGGGGUGAUUGUGUCUUAACAGCCGGGUUUCUCAUCAAUCGAACACCCACGAAGCUGUUAAAUGGGCGUUCUCCCUUUGAGAUAAUUUAUGCCAGGCAACCGGGUUAUCAACAUCUGCGCACGGUGGGUUGCUUGUGCUACGCACACAACAAGUCCCUUCACGGCGACAAAUUUGCGUCACGGAGCAUUCGGAGUGUGUUUGUUGGAUAUCCUCAAGGUAAGAAGGGAUGGCGUCUGUUUGACCUUGCAACUAGCCGGUUCUUUGUAUCUCGAGACGUUGUGUUUUGCGAAGAUCGUUUUCCGUUCUUGGAAAUCCCACCGGCAUCCUUGUCUCCCUCGCCGUUACCUUCGAGUCCCUGGCCAACUUUUGUUGAUGACGAGGAUCGUGUGCUGCCACCAGCUACUCCGUCUUCUCCUGUUCUCGCGGACCUUUCGGAUUCGGCAACAGUGUCGAACAACUCUGUUUCAUCACCUGCGAUCGUCCUUUCUUUACCACCUGAUGAUAUUAACGACAGGGGGGGUUGCCCUCCAUCCAGCUCCGACUCUCCUCCCGCAGAGGAUCUUGGUCGAGGAAAACGUACACGUUAUUCUUCUACUCGUCUUCGGGAUUACGUCACCAACACGGUUCUUGUCUCCAGACCGCCUUUCCCUUUGUAACAUUCCUCGGCUGUUCCUUACCCUCUCUCGGAUUUUGUUGGGUGCACGAAAUUCUCGAUAACUCACCGCGCGUUCCUUGCAUCCAUCACAGACGGCACAGAGCCCCGUUCGUACAAAGACGCACUUCGCGACCCAAGAUGGAAGGCAGCUAUGCAGGCCGAGAUUGCGGCUUUGGAAGAUAAUCGCACGUGGACCAUUGAACCCCUUCCUCCGGGGAAGAAGGCAAUUGGGUGUCAAUGGAUAUUCAAAAUUAAGUAUCGCUCCGAUGGUUCCGUUGAACGCUAUAAAGCUCGGUUGGUAGUCUUGGGAAAUCGUCAAGUUGACGAACUAGACUAUGGAGAGACUUUUGCUCCCGUCGCCAAAAUGGUCACGGUUCGCACCUUCUUAGUUGUUGCCGCUGCUCGGAAUUGGGAUAUUCAUCAGAUGGAUGUUCAUAACGCGUUUCUACACGGUGACUUGCGUGAAGAAGUUUACAUGCGCAUGCCACCGGGUUUCGAGUCUCCAGAACACGGUUACGCAUGCCGCCUCCGUAAAUCCCUGUAUGGUUUGCGUCAAGCUCCACGUUGUUGGUUCGAAAAGCUCCGCUCGGCCCUUAUAAGGUACGGGUUUGUUCAGUCCCAAUCGGAUCACUCGUUGUUUACUUUCCGCAAAGGUUCCGUACACUUGUGUGUUCUAGUCUAUGUGGACGACUUGAUCAUCUCAGGGAACUCGUCUAUUGCUCUACAUGCCUUCAAGUCGUAUCUUGGUUCGUGUUUUCGUAUGAAGGACUUGGGUACGCUUAAAUAUUUCCUUGGACUUGAGGUCGCUCGCAGCAAGACCGGUAUUUAUAUCUGUCAGCGGAAGUAUGCUCUCGACAUUAUCUCCGAGGUUGGGUUACUAGGUUGCAAGCCGGCCCAUUUUCCAUUGGAUCAAAACCACCGUCUUUCGUUGUCCGAUAGUCCUCUUCUCACCGAUGCCGGGAAAUAUCGCCGUCUCGUGGGUCGCCUCAUUUACCUAACUGUUACUCGCCCGGAGCUCGCUUAUUCUGUUCACAUUCUAUCACAGUUUAUGCACACGCCUCGACAGGACCAUUGGGACGCUGCCAUGCAUGUCGUUCGUUAUUUAAAACGAGACCCGGGUCAAGGAGUUCUCUUUCGAUCUGAUUGCGAUCUUCGUCUCCGUGGCUGGUGUGAUGCAGACUACGCCGGUUGCCCCCUCACCCGCAAAUCCGUUAGUGGGUGGUUCGUCCAACUCGGAUCCUCCCCAAUUUCAUAGAAGACUAAGAAGCAAUCCAUUCCGUCGUUGUCCUCGGCAGAAUCCGAAUAUCGCGCCAUGCGUCUCACCACUUGCGAACUUCUCUGGAUCAAGAGCCUUCUAUCUACUCUCGGUGUGGACCAUUCCUCACCAAUGUUGCUGUUUUGUGAUAGUCAAGCCGCUCUCCAUAUCGCAUCCAACGAUGCUUACCACGAACGCACGAAACAUAUUGAGGUGGACUGCCAUUUUCUUCGACAUCACCUCGAUCAUGGAAACAUUCUUCCGCGUCAUGUGUCAACACGGGAACAACUGGCGGAUAUUUUCACCAAAGCGUUAGGGAAAAAGGAAUUUGCUUGGUUUCUUGGCAAGUUGGGAUUGCAUAAUUUGCACUCACCAACUUGAGGGGUAUUGGCUGAGAUUAUUCAGCGUAUAUACAUUGUAUAUUUAGUUAUAUUAUUAGAUAGACUUUCACUGGUUUUAGGAGAGAUCUCCUCCGCUAGUUACUAGGUUCUGUUAUUGUUUUCGUUGUACAUAUACUUGGGCAGAGCUCCCACAAUACACAGCAGUUCCUUGCC